AUGGCUGUUCCAAAUAUAUUCGUUGGCUUCAACACCAUGUACUGGUCUCUGUAUGCUGUGUGUAUAGCUGGAGCGAUAUCACAAAUGGUACUGUUAAUAUGCUUGAUCAGAAAUCCUCUAAAAUGCUUUCGGAACUCGUCGACUUACUUGGUUGCGAAUUUGGCCGUGUGCGAUCUCGCCGUUGUAUUGGAAAUGAUUUUUGGUAUGUUCAACUCAUUAAAUCUAUACGUCCGUUCGCUCUCCCACACAUCGUUCUAUGCGUCGAUUUUGACAAUAUUAUCAAUAGCUGUUGACCGUUAUGUUAUGGUGGCAUACCCAAUCAAACAUCGUUUGUUGGUGAGCGGCAAAAAAGCCGGUAUAUGGAUCGUGUUUAUUUGGAUCGCUAGCGUCGCAAGCCCGUUUUAUCAUAUCCUAACUGGUACAUCUAAUGGAAUCAGCGAAUUUAAGUACGGACUUUUAGCUACGGUUAUCGUGUCGACGGCGUUUUUGUAUGUUCUCACAUGCGUAUCUUUGAAAAGACAGGCGAAAAGUUUAGCAAAUAAGGGAGAGAAGAUGCAUGCUGAUAAGAUUCGAGUAGCUAAUGAAGAACGCUUCUUAAAGACUGUGAUAAUUGUCGCCGUUAUUGCUGUCGCUAGUCUGACUCCCGCUACGAUUUAUGGUCAGGUCGAGCAGCCUGGUUUGGACGCGAAAAUGGAAAGCAAUGCUCUGUACUGUUUCUUAAUGACACUGCUGACUCUAAAUUUUGCCAUCAAUCCUGUGAUUUAUUUUCUCCGUUUGAAAAAUUACCGAAAGACACUAUUUAUCGUAUUCUGUUGCCGAAAGUAA